AUGACGUUCGUUCUGACGGCGGGAGAAAAGGACUACGCCGAUGCUCGCGUGACCAUCAGCGUCGAACUGAGACUCUUGAGCUCAGGCAAAGGAUUUAUAGGCUUUUCGCGGGAGAUGUCUCCUGCGAGAAAUGGCCAUUAUUCGUGUUUCUUAACUCCUUUCGGCCUUCCUUCGCUUUGCUUGUCUUUUGCUCGCUCUCUCCCUUCUUUUUCUUUCGCACCUGUCGCAAAGAUGCCGACCGGAAAUCAAGGAGGCAAGAGAAAACCUCUAAAGCAGCCGAAAAAAGCGAGCUGCGAAGACGAGACCGACAUGGAGUUCAAGAAGAAGCAGAGCCAACAGGCUCGGGAAGAGGAGGCUGCUCGCAAGGCUCUGCUUGCAAAGAGUGCCGCGAAGAAGAAGUAAUUUUUUUGCGGCAAGAGGGGAAUUGUUUUCGUUUCUUCUCUCUUUUUCGCCUGAGAACAUCGAAAGUAUCAAAGACGGCGAGACGCGCCCAGUGUCCUCUCGUCUGCGUCUUUCUGGCAUUCGCAAAACGGAUGUCUGUCAAUCUGUCUGUCGCCUUUUCGCGCGUAGUGAAUUCUCCGUUGUCUGGUUUUUUCCUUUCUUUUCCCAUGCAUUUCGUUCUCUCUGUUGAAACUGUCGCGAGUUGAGCGCAGACAGAACUUGUGCGAUGGCCUUGGCUUGCCGCCAAUGCUGGAGAAUCAAUAUUCGUCACAUUUGUCGUUUUCAAAAGGCUCUUGUGUUCAUUUGAAGAGCAUCACGGAC